UAUAACAUUUCUUACGAAGGUCGAAUAGGGCAUUUAUGUUAUUAUAUUGUGCGGCAACUUGCUUCGUGAAAUUCCUGUGAGAAAGUAUAGACUACAGAUUAAAGAGUGCUAAUCCAGCUACUUUGCCCCAGGACCAAAUGGAGGGCACCACUGCAAUGAAAGGAGGACAGAAUGGAAAAGCCAUUGCAAUUUUGACAAGUGGUGGUGAUUCACAAGGCAUGAACGCAGCUGUACGUGCAGUGGUAAGGAUGGGACUGUAUCUGGGUACGAAAGUUUUCUUCAUCAGGGAGGGCUAUCAAGGUAUGGUUGAUGGUGGUGAAAAUAUCCAAGAAGCUAGCUGGACCAGUGUUUCAGGAAUAAUUCAUAAGGGUGGUACUGUGAUUGGAAGUGCUCGCUGUAAAGAGUUCCGAGAGCGAGCAGGACGUCUGAAAGCAGCAGAAAACCUAGUGAAGCAUAAAAUUUGUAACCUUGUGGUUAUUGGUGGAGAUGGGAGUUUGACUGGGGCUAAUCUUUUCCGUCAAGAGUGGGGUUCGUUGCUAGAUGAAUUGGUUGAAAAAGGAGCAAUUACUGCAGAAUUACGUUCAGAGUGCAGCAGUUUAAACAUCGUUGGGAUGGUAGGAUCAAUCGAUAAUGAUUUCUGUGGCACAGACAUGACCAUUGGGACAGACUCUGCUUUACAUCGUAUCUUAGAGGCCAUUGAUGCCAUUGUCACAACUGCAUCAAGUCAUCAGAGAACAUUCAUCUUGGAAGUCAUGGGAAGACAUUGUGGCUACCUGGCACUUGUUGGUGCCCUAGCCAGUGAAGCUGAUUUUGUUUUUAUCCCAGAAUGGCCUCCAGAGCCUGAUUGGCCAGAGAAACUAUGCAAAAAGCUUAAACAGGAACGUGAUGCUGGCCAACGUUUGAACAUCAUAAUUAUUUCUGAAGGAGCUAUCGACCGAAAGGGAAGUCCUAUCACUGCUGAGCAAGUGAAAAAGGUGGUGGUCGACAAUUUGAAACAGGACACAAGAGUGACAGUGUUGGGUCAUGUACAGCGGGGAGGUAGUCCUUCAGCUUUUGACAGAGUCUUGGGUUGUCGAAUGGGAGCAGAAGCAGUUCUUGCUUUGUUUGAAGCAACACCCAACUCAGAAGCAUGUGUGGUGUCUUUAGAUGGAAACCAAGCAGUAAGAGUACCUCUCAUGGAGUGUGUUCAGAAGACUCAAGGGGUAGCAAAAUGUAUGGCGGAGAAGAAGUGGGAUGAUGCAGUAAAACUCCGUGGAAGGAGCUUUGAAAGGAACCUCCUCACCUACAAGUUGUUGACAAGGCUUUGUCCUCCCAAGUCUGCAUUUGAUGCCAAAGGGCAUGGUGUUCAGCUACAGAAGGAAGGAUACAACCCAGCCUACAGUUCAGUGUUGCAGUUUGCAGAGAGUAGAGAAAAGUUUCCAGAGUUGAGGAUCCCUAUGUGUGUGAUACCAGCCACCAUUAGCAACAAUGUACCAGGAACUGACUUUUCUCUGGGAGCCGACACUGCACUUAAUGAAAUCACAGAGAUUUGCGACCGUAUACGCCAGUCAGCUCAGGGAACAAAACGUCGGGUUUUUGUAGUAGAAACCAUGGGUGGUUACUGUGGUUACCUAGCCACUUUGGCUGGCCUUGCCGGAGGUGCCGAUGCUGCAUAUAUCUUUGAAGAACCAUUCUCUAUCAAGGAUCUUAUUGGGGAUGUUGUUCACAUGCAAGCUAAGAUGGCUGAAGGAGUCCAGCGAGGGCUUAUUCUCAGAAAUGAACAUGCCAACUUGAACUACACCACAGACUUCAUCUUUCGAUUGUACAGUGAAGAAGGUAAAGACAUAUUCUCAACAAGGAUGAAUGUUUUAGGGCACAUGCAACAGGGGGGUAGUCCUUCACCUUUUGAUCGCAACUUUGGUACCAAGAUGGCUGCUAAGGGAGCAGAGUGGCUGAUCAGCCAGCUCAAGGAGCAUCCAGAUGCCUCUUGCACUGGUCCUGAAACUGCCAUCUUGUUGGGCUUGGUUCGACGCCAGUAUCGCUACACUCCAGUCCAGACACUUAAGGCCGAUACAGAUUUCAAAAACCGGCUUCCUAAACACCAGUGGUGGCUACACCUGCGACCUCUGCUAAAAGCCUUGGGUACUCCUGUUGUUUACCUGGUAGAUCAGGGUAUAACUCCUUCUCCUAACCAGUUUGAAAAACCCUUUCCUGAAGACACUGAUUCUCUUGGAGAAGCUGUGGAAUAGUUUCUAUUCUUCUUAACUCUAUAUUUAUUUUUAGCUUCUCUUUCUUUCUUGAAUGUGUGUGUGUGUGCCUCUUUUAAGCUCUCUAGUUGGGUAUACAGUGGUGCAAUUCAUAGUUUUUAGGUUUCAUUUUAUUAUUAUACUAAAAUUUUAAAACUUCAUAUCACCAAAGACAGUAUUUUAAAUAUUUUUUUGUUUUUUUAGCUAUUUGAAGAAUAAUCAGCUUUAUAUAUAUAUAUUUUUUUUUAUAAACCACAUUUCUGUUCAAAACAGAGCCUAGACUUAUAAAAUAGCUUUGACCACUUUUUCUAUUUUGUAGUUGGUGUAUAUAGUAUUUUUGCAUGGUUAUAUUUGUUGUGAUCUGUUAGAUUUUUAUGUAUAUUUGUUUCAUGCAGUGCAUCUUUUAACCUAUCUCUCGUCUAAAAAGAAGGUUACCUUGUUUUUUUUCUACAAUGAAUAUGUGACAUUAACCCAAAGAAACAAAAUAGAUUUUUAGUUAUUACCAAUUGUGUUUGAUUGCUAGCAAUGGUCACUCACUACCUAGGAUUUUAAGUUUUUGAUUUUUCUCUCUGAUGUUUUAAAACCAUUGCUGUAGACAUCACAUCUUCUGCCAUCACUGAUUUACAAAGCUUCAUCUGAUUCUGAAAAUACUCACAGGAUAUGACUCAACACACGAAAGUACUGCUCUAGUCAAGCACUUAGUCUAGAAACUGUCUUAUCAUGCAGGGAAUCAAUUUAACGUAAAUACUUAUUUUUGUAUGUAGUAGCCUAUAAAAAAACCUUUUCUGAUUAUUUCUUCUUACCUAUAGAGAUUUAAAAUAAGUUUUUAGUGAUUUUAUUUAUAUAUAUAUCAAUAUUUAUUUAGAAAUUGCAUACAAACUUGCAUGUCAUUUUCUGUUAGAGAAAGGUUUAUAUAUUUAUUUAUUAUUUAUAAGGUAAUUUAAUAAAGAUAACUUUUAUAUAUUUUUCUUGUUGUUAUAGACAGGAGUCUAGUCACAACUGAAUAAGGCUUGGUUAACUGUUUGCCAGUAGUCACUGUAGAAUAAUAUUUUUAAACUAGUGUCUCAAUGUAUUAAAUCUUUCAUUAUAGAAUAGAUCAUACUUGAUAAAGUGUGGCUAACAUGGAGUUGGAAUAAAGGAAUAUUUGUCUGAUUUCUGUUGAGGUAAGAAAUUGAACUUUGCUGAGUCAAAGUUUUAUGUUGAAAAGCAAACUGUUGUGUACAUAGGUUGUUAGGAAGAUGAUUUUUUUGUUUUUAAAAUGGAAACUUCAUGAGGAACAUUGCCCUUUACAUGGGAGUAACUUGUGAGUGAGUACUUUCUUAUUACUUAAUUUUUUUUUGUAGAAACAAAUACUUUACAAAUGUUGUCAAAUUAGUUUUAGGCAAUUAUAUUGUAGAUAUAUGUAAUAACAUUUAAAAAUAGACUUAACAAAAGUUAACAGACAACAUUAACAUCUUCACUUGAUUUAGUUACUCAAAAAAGCUCUUGUACAUACAGUCAUGAAGUACAGUAUUUUUCACCAUUAUUUAAUUUCUAGACACAACUGAUUUAAACCUUGGUAAGCCCAACA